AUGUUUCUACUUCCGUUCCCUUUCUUCCUUUCUUUUCCGUUUCGUUCCUUUCUUUCUUUUCUUUCUUUCUUUUUCUUUCUUUCUUUUAAUAUGUUCUACUUCCGUUCGUUUAAACCCUUUCAGCUUUUUUUUUCUUUUUCUAUCUUUCUUUCUUUUUUUAAUAUGUUCUACUUCCGUUCAUUUAAACCCUUUCUUUCUUUCUUUCUAAAUUAUUUCUUUCUUUCUUUCUUUCUUUCUUUCUUUCUUUCUUUUAAUAUGUUCUACUUCCGUUCGUUUUUAAACCCCUUUACAUCCUUUCUUUCUUUCUUUCUUUCCUCCUUUCUUUCUUUCUUUCAUUUAAUAUGUUCUACUUUCCUUUUUCGUUUAAACCCCUUUCUAUCUUCUUUCUUUCUUUCUUUUAAUAUAUUUCUACUUCCCCUUUCUUUCUUUCUUUCUUUCUUUCUUUCUUUUCUUUCUUUCUUUCUUUUAAUAUGUUCUACUUCCGUUCGUUUAAACCCCUUUCUAUCUUCUUUCUUUCUUUCCUUUCUUUCUUUCUUUCUUUCUUUUAAUAUGUUCUACUUCCCCUUUCUUUCUUUCUUUCUUUCUUUCUUUCUUUCUUUCUUUCUUUCUUCUUUUUUCUUUCUUUCUUUUUUUUUUAAUAUGUUCUACUUCCGUUCAUUUAAACCCCUUUACAGCCUUUCUUUCUUCUUUUCUUUCUUUCCUUUUUUCUUUCUUCCUUUCUUUUUAAUAUAUUUCUUCCGUUCCGUUCGUUUAAACCUUUCUUUCUUUCUUUCUUUCUUUCUUUCUUUUCUUUCUUUCUUUUUUUAA